UAAGCCACACGUGUUUCAUUACAAGUCUAUCUCGAAACUCUUCAGUGGCGACGAGGAUUGUAAAAUAAGAAUCUAGUGCGUGCAAGUGAAAGUAAUCGAUGAAGAAAUAAUUAAAUACAGUGUGUCUAUGAAGAUUUAGAUCGAUGAGCUAUUAAGUUGAAACAGUUAAUCGUAUAUAACGUGUGUUUCUGGUCGGCUGCCGAUUGUAAUAUUUUGAACAGAGUGUUGAAGAGUGUCCUGUGAAACAGUCUUUUAGCGCAGUUGGUUAAGUGUCUAGAAAUAAAAGUUUAUCAGUAAUGCCGUGCUGAUUAGCCGAUUUCAAUGUCGGAAUCGCCACCUUGAUAAUCUUUAUUUCGUAACCGACACCACGAGGUUGCUGCCGUUGAAGCAUUCGCCAUCACCUCUGUGGCCAUUAGAACGUGGUUAAUUGUUCCUAGCCUGUAUUGUGCGGUUCAUUAUCUGCUGCCGAGAUCCAUUGUACACCAUUGUGAUUCCAUCGACCUUUGCAUUAAAUUAAGAGAUCCUCUCUUGUGUGCAUAUGGUGAGAGGUCACUGUGCAAAAAAAAAUAAUAUCGAACCGACUACAUACAUUGGAGAACUAUGUCGACGUUCAUCGGGUCUGUUGAACCAUAUGUAGUUGGAACAUCGUUUAGCGACUAUGCGGAGCGAUUGCAACAUGUUUUUAAUUACAACAGAGUACCUGAAGUGAAUCGUAAAUCUCUUUUCAUCACAGUGAGUGGAGCAGCAGUUAUCUCAGAACUGAAAAAGUUAUACCCCGGUACUGAUCUGGACACGCUGCAGUACAAUGAUGUUAUAAGCAGAUUGAAAAGCAGAUUUGACAAAAAGGAUGGCAGAAUGGUUCAGAAGUCUUUGUUGUAUGAGCGAUGAGCCGGCUGAAGACUUUAUUCUCGACGUUAAACUCCUAGCGGAAAGUUGCGGAUUCGGCGUUAUGAAAGACUCAAUCAUACGUGACAGGUUAGUUUUGGGUGCAUAUGACAUCAAAGUGCGCGAACGUCUGCUUGAAGAAGAAGAACCCUCACUUGAAGAAACGGAACGAAUUAUUGUCAAACGGGAGCAGAUGCAACAUCGAUCGUUGAAAAUGGAACAAACUGGUGAACGUGUAAGUGCAAUUGAAAGAUCGAGAGGAUGCGACCGCAGUGACGAUAACAUCAAGAGAAACCGUGACCGUAGCGAUGAUUAUGUCAGCAAAAUCAAUGAACGUAACAACGAUCACACUAAUCGAAACUGGGAUUACCGAAGCGGAAGAAGAGAAAGUUACCCAUACAAUAACCGCCGGGACCAGGAUCGUUACAACUAUCGCAGCCGGAGUAGAUCAAGAUCGGGACAGAGGUGGAAAUCCAGCAACAACAAAAACGUUAUGUGCAGCUAUUGUAAGAUUCGAGGACAUGUGCGGAAAAACUGCUUCAAACUGCAACGUUCUCGGCAAGCGGUUCGUUUUGUAGCUGAGGAUAGUCCUGCGAAGACGUCACCUUCACCGGUUUUCGAUUUCAAGCGUGUGGGGCCACCUAACAACAUCAGUGAUUCUGAAGACGAUCUGGACUGUAUGUCCAUUACAGUUGGAACACAGGAAUUAGAAGAUCCGAGCGUUUAAAGAAGCGUCGUCAGUGAUUAAAAUAGUGAGAUUUGUAUCUUGUCGAAUUGAAAUUAAUUAAUUAGAGUAGGUAAGUGAAGUAAUGGAUAAAAUGAAAAUGAUCAUGUUUGGAAUAAUCCUAGAUGUCGAAUCGCAUGUUAGUUUAGGAUUCUUGAAAUCGACGAAAUAUGUUUGUACUUAUGGAGAAGGAAGGAUUGUAGUAUCCGAAGUAAACUGUUAUACAGUUUACGAUCCGAAUGUUGAACGAUUGUAACCGAGAAGCAAUGAAUAAAUGAGUUUGAGUUUAACCACC